AGCGCGUCAACAAUUAUAUCUUUCUUUGACGCGUUUUUAUAUGUAUCAUCGCCGAUAACAUUCAUACUAAUUUUCAGUAGACGAGACCAGAGUAUUGACAACUCAAUUGGUCGCCUUAAAAUAAGGUCACUUAUAAAAAGUACCUCUUCCCAUUUUUAUACACUUUAGUUUGUGUAUAAACGUGUCCUGGGGAAAGGUGGGAUAAAAAAAAAUACAACAAAGUGUUGACAGCCAUCAGCCUGAGUCCAGGUAUAAAUCGAACGGCGAAACUCAGCCGACCUAGUUAAGCCCAUGAAGUCGAUUCAUAAUAAACAACAACACUAUGGUUCGAUAAGAGAACCUAUCCGAGAAACUCAAUGGACUCCUCUGCCCCGAAGCGACGAAAGACGUCGCCCACAACGAACGUUCCCAUAGGCGGAUCGACCGUACCUCAACCCGAAGAGGGAGGCUCAAUUAGACGGUCUACUCGACGACAAAUACCAUCCUUUGCGUCGCCGACCAAAGCUAGCCUUGCGCGAUCAAACCCUGAUAUCCUAGAGCGAAGAAAUUUCUCUAGAGGCCGGCCUUCGAGCGAUGCGCCCGCUGCAUCAGAAGUCGAUAGCUUGAUAAACGAUGCGCAUGACGCGCCCCCGCAAGAGGAGACGGAUAUUACCCGAAUGGAGGACGAUACGGAAAUGACUGGUCGCGAGGCGCAACCACCUCCAUCUAUCAUACCCGACACAGCAUUAAGUCCAGUUCGACGUGCUACAGGAGCUAUGGCCUCCAAACCGCGAAGAACCCCGAAUAAACCAUCACCGCGCCCGUUACCACCGCCUUCGGCAGAAGAGGAAGAGCUUGUCAACCCAUUCCGAGGGCGCGUACUCCGACGUUCUCCGCCUCCCAAUUCGAUCCCGCCGGAAGAGCCAGAACUUCCACCUACGCCCACAGAGAAAGGAAUAUCCGAUCCCGCCUCGGUUAACACCUCUCCUAUGGGUAUCCAUAACACACCUACUAAACGCCCUAGGAGGAGCAGAGCUUUAGCCGAGAGAAUCAAAAGUUCUCCGAAGCAGCCGCCUCUCCGACCCGAACUACCUACUAAAGAAUCUAUACGCGAAGAAUCGCCGUCUCGAACCGUAGAAAGAGCAUUGAGGGCGCAGCCACAAAGUCGGAAAAGAAGAAGAAAAUCACAUCCAGCUCGAAAUAUAGAGGAGCCAGAUCCAUUAGCCGAGAAGAAAGCCAUACGGGAUUCGUUGCUCGCACAAAUUACUCGCUUAAAUUCGGAUUUAGAACUCGUCACUCGCGAGAAUAAUCGAUUACAUCAAUUACAACAAGCCAAACGAGAUAGUUCUUCGUCAAAAGGACCAGAAGAUAAAUAUGGUCUCCUUGAUUUACUACGUCGACACGCCUUGCCACCUGAAAAGGAGGCACCCCCUACUCCAACGCAAAAUUGGCUUGAAGUAGCAUUAAAUCCCAUAUCAUUUCUACCUUUCAGCAAAAACACCACCGCACUUCCAUCUUUUUUUGCUCCCCCACCAGAAAAGUCCCAGAAAGAUGAGGAUGAGAACCCUCCCAUUUCACAUCAUCCUGUGCCCAUGACUGCGGAGGAGGAAUUACCCUAUCUUCAAGUCUUUACCCCUUUAACUUUUACAUCUACUGUUUCGAUAAUACCACGAGACGAUGUAGUGAAUGCGGGACCGCUUUUGCAAAAGCACUCAAUCUCAGCCUCUUCCACACCACCUGGUUUAUUCGCCGCCAAAAUCGAAAUGACAGUCAACACCAAGUCGUUAUCCGUCGCCGCCUUAAAAGUACCACGCCUCGAACCCUCCGCAGUUAGCGAGUUAGGGCCUUUCAUAGAGAAGGUUAUCCAAGGUAACGGCACCAGCUCUUUAACAAGAAAUAUUAGCGUCGUUACGUGGGCGAUGAGCGAGUGGCUCCGUGUUGCGACAAGGAGAGCACGGUUUUGGUGUGCCGUCGAGAGAGAACUAGGGGAGAGUAAAGGCCUCGCAAAAUGCGCUAGAAGGAUGAGAAAGGGUACAAGAAGGAAAGCCCAAGGUCCAGGUCGACCAGCCUUAACAGAGGACGACGACGAUGACGACGAAAAUGAGCUAGAGGCACAAUCCGACAAAAUUCGCUUCACUAAAGCUGAUUUGCUCCCCCAUCUGGGUAGGACGAGUCUCGAUCUAGAUUUACUUGCUGUUGAUGAGCCGGAAGAAAUUCCAAGUGUUCGUAUUCAAUGGCGUAUUGAGUUCGACUGGACGGGAGAAGCGCAGAGCAAGAUGGGGCUUUUAUUUGGGGCACCCGCAAAGUGGCAUGGUCACGAUACGAGAGGUAGUUUAUCCAGCGUACCAGAUAUGUUUAACAAGUUAAUCCAAGAAAAUACGGAUCCAAUGGAGGCGCUUAGGACGGUGGCCGCAUUACUGGUUGGGGAAGGAUGAAUAUGGGGAAAGGCGUUUACGAACGGAAUAACUUGAGCUACUAAUCGUAGCUUGUUACGCGCUUAUGAGGAUAUGACGUGGUUUUACGAGCGGUUGGGAGGUAAUGCUACAAUUAGAAGGGGAAGAGUAGCUAGAAUUGAUGAGGGUUUGGUUGAAAUGCCACUCCCCAAUUCAUCAUCCGGACCGUAUCCAUAUACCAUCUAUACUUCCAAAUCUAUCCUUGCUUUUGGGCAUAAAUAUCACACAAUAGUGCCCCAUUGUAUAGAGCAGGAUUCAGUCACCAAAUCAAGCCAGAUCACGAAGAUAUUGUGCUUUUCCAUUGAUUCGGGUAUGCCUUAUAGAAUCGUAGUCGCAAGAAUAGGGGAUGGGUUGAUGAAUUGUCCCCAAAUGAUUCAUGUCUCCGUUCG